AAAAAAAAAAAAAAAAAAAAAAACCACCUGCAGCACGGAAGUUUCAGGGCACGUUCCCGACCGCAAAGACAGGAUAGAAGGAGAAACGAACUCACAAGAAACAAAAGAAGAAGAAAAGAAAUCUGCAACAUUUGAUUAUCAGUCCGCCGUCCACCUGACCGGCCCUAGUCUGGUAUUAGGUUGUGUCAAAUCGCCGCUGCCAUAGAUGAGCCAGCUGCCAGAAACAUCCGAAACCAAGCCCUAGAUAAAUUAGCACCGUUUCCCCCGAGCCAAACAGGCACGCACGGUCAACGCCCGCCCCGGUCACUGCGCUUGAAUCAAUGGCGCCUCAAAAAUUCGUCAGCGCCAGUGUGCGCUACAAGACAAGACCAGCCGCACGCGUUCCGUUUCGUGACGAUACGUCGCUCCUAGCCUUUCGUUAUGAGCAGACCGUGCAGGCACAACCACCGAUUCUAAUGAUUCCAAUACCUCCUCGGAACCCUGCACGGGCGAGCAGACCAGUCUCCAUUGCCUCGCUCAGUGCCGCCGCCGCAGCAGCCGCCGCCACCGCCUCCGCAGUUGUUGUCUCCCCACCACUUAUUGCGCCGCCCCAGGAGCAGCACCCGGCUCUUCGCACUCGCGAGAAUCCCUCUUCGACCUCCGACGAUUGGAAACGCGAUUCGGGUCUAGCGCCGACGACAACUACUUCUUCGUCCACCAUAUAUGAGGAGGACGCCGACUACCCCACGACGCUGUACAGCAAGCUGGGUGUUUAUGACGCUGACGUUGUCGCUGACACUGAGGCUUUGCCUGCGUCUGAACAAGUGACUGAGCCUCGUCCGGCAACUGUGGCACCGCUGUUUUUUGCUGACGGGAAGAGCUUCGCCACCCCCCAUAGCCAAGACGUGGUGGCCGGUGAUGCAAACUCGAGGCGUGCCCAAUCAGCAGAGCUUCCUCCCCAUGCAUUCUUUGAAAGCCCCAGAGCCGCGCCCAUCCCUUCGUCCCCGAUCACUCGUUCUUCCUCGUCCACCGACCCAUCUACACCCGUCAGUAUGUCAACCGACCAAUUUCGUUCGUCCAGGAAACUGGUGCGAACAUCCAGCAAUCGGACUGGAAUGCACUCCAACAAGUUGAAGAAGAAGGCAAACGUCGCCGGAGCGGGGUCCACAAGGUCCUUCAAAAGCCUCGAACUGCCGCGUUCCCCACCCAAUGUGCCGGGGUUGGAUAUCGGCUCGAUGGAGGAUCCCUGCCCAAUCGAGCCAGGCAAAUCUGACAGCUCGGAAUUGACUUUGAUAACUACAACCAUUCCCACCGACAGGUUGAUUGAGGAUGACUUUCUCAACCAGUUGACCUUCUCCAAGAGGGGCAGUGUCAUGUUUGGCGGGAAGCGCGCCUUGAAAAAGUCCAAAAUACUCGACCUCGGCCAUCCACAAAUGGACCAAGAAGGCCACCAUGUUGCUUCUCUGGACGCGGGCGCGACGCCCAUCUUGCCCACGACGGCGGUUGCGACGACCCAUGUCGCCACUGCCGAAACAACGGACAAGAGCCCACCAUCCCGUCCCCAAACGUCCAAGACCAUGCAGAUGCCCAGCAUCCGUGUCUUGCCUGUAGACGUCGAGAGGGAAUCACAAAAGGUGAGGUCUCUCUAUGAUUCUGUCGCCAAAGGGGACGACCGUGACGAAUGGGGGCCAAGCUCGUCGCAUCGCGACCGCCUUGAGCCUGCAGUGGAGGUCCCAUCGGAUGAGGAAGAGAAUGUCGCAGACAGAUCUCGCCCGUCCUCAAGCGACAAUCGAUCCCAUCUGCCAACUACCCCCACACGAGCCGGUUUGGCUUCGUCGUCGCCGCUACAAGGUAGCUCGAUCAACAAGGAUGCAUACGAGCUGGCUGGCGGUUUAGAAGACUGGGAGGAUGUGGAUGGUGCCGAUGUCGAUCGCUACGGCUUCAUAUUACCGAAUCCGCGGGCCUUAGAGUCGAGGGCAAACAGCACGGAUACGAGACAGAACAGCAUGGAUACCAGACCUCUACGAUCUUUAUAUUUAUCGCCCAAGAAGAGGAACGUCCUGAUCAAAUCGCCAGAUGGCACCCCAAAGGGACUAUCAUCACUUGUGCCAGGUCGCGCACCCAGCAGGAAGGUGUCGGCGCGGUCGCUUAACACGCAGACCUCGGGGGUUUCCGGACACUCUCGGCAGUCAUCUCGUUCGUCAGUGAGGGCAGCUGCCAACUUGCUGCCGCACAAUCGGGACAGGAAGCUGACCGACGAGGCGGGCGACAUGCUGUCCUUGGCACCUGGUCUCUCGGACAUCGCCGAGGACCCCAAGGCCGAGAAGCUUACCGAAGCUCAAAAGAAGAAGGAGUGGCAGAGGGCCGAAAAAUGGAGGAAGAUGGCCAAGAUCAAUCGCAAAGGCCAGCCCGGAGAAGGGAUGGAGUUUGAAUUUGACCCCACAAACAGCAAAGUCAUCGAUCGCACAUGGAAGGGUAUUCCAGACCGUUGGCGGGCUGCGGCUUGGUACUCGUUCCUCGCCUCGAGCGCCAAAAAGCAUGGCUCAACAACGACGGACAAGGAUCUGGUGGCCGAGUUUCAGCGACUCCAGUAUGUAUCGUCAUCGGAUGACACACAGAUUGAUCUUGAUGUGCCGCGGACCAUCAACCGCCACAUCAUGUUUCGUCGAAGGUACCGUGGAGGUCAGCGCCUCCUUUUCAGGGUGCUGCAUGCGCUCUCUCUGCACUUUCCGGACACGGGAUAUGUGCAGGGCAUGGCUCCACUGGCCGCUACCCUCCUCUGCUACUAUGACGAGGAGAAGACUUUUAUCAUGCUAGUUAGGAUGUGGCGGUAUCGAGGCCUCGAGCGGUUAUACCAGCCUGGAUUUGCCAGCCUCAUGACAGCAUUGAAGGACUUUGAGCGUGACUGGCUGCCGAGCAAUGAUAUCGCCCGCAAGCUGUCAGAGCUCUGCAUCGAUCCAACGGCAUAUGCCACACGCUGGUAUCUCACCCUCUUCAACCUUUCGAUUCCAUUCCAGGCCCAACUUCGUGUCUGGGACGUCUUUAUGCUCUUGGGUGAACCCUCUCCAAUACCAACAGCAGACUGCCCUGAAGCGCCCGUUGUCGGCCUCGACAUUCUACACGCAACUGGCGCCGCACUCAUGCAUGCUCUUGCCGAGGUGCUUAUGGACUCAGAUUUUGAGAACGCCAUGAAGGCUCUGACUUCUUGGAUACCAGUCCACGACGAGGAGAUGCUCUUGAAGGUCACAAGGACCGAAUGGAAGCAGCGCCAGGGCAAAAAGAAGACUUAGGAAGUCGCGUGCUCGUGCCCAGAGUCUCCAUUGUUAGGGACAUCCUCACCUGUGAAUGCCCCUGAUGCUUGAAGGAACUUAUUAGCGCGCGAGUCUGCUGCGGAUAACUCGACUGGUCCGCCGGUACACUCCAACCAACCAAAGUAUACCAAAAAAGACGGCAUCUUGCCGCCGACGUUUUUGGUUUUUUCGAGUCCAAUAAUUCACCGGGCUUAGGAUUUGUAAUGAUAGUAUCCAUAAUCGCUUGACCGCGAGGAUCCGGAUUGUCGCCUCGUCAGGCACCUUUGACUCUCCGAUUUCCAUUAUUAUGUAACAGUUUUGUUGGUGCCCAGCGUUCUGUUGUUGGUGUUCUCUCUUUGUUCGGAUAGGCGGUGGCAGGCAUGUCAAAAAAGAGCAUGCAUGUAUUUCUCUUUUGUCUUUGUCUUUUAUUUUUUUUUAUUUUUUUCUCUUCCCAGUUUAAUACCCAUGCGUUCUCGUUUAUCUGCGCAACUUCUCGCACCGGUACAUACAUGUUGGAAUCGAACCAAGUUGCCAAGAAUCGGCAUUUGGGGUUCACUGGUCUCUAAAUAACUAAUACCCCUUUUUUGACAUUUUCAAAUAACGUACCGCAAUUUUUGAAGUUGUUGAUGAGACGAAUGGCAGUUAACGAGGGUAGAACCAGUGGCACAGGACUGGGCUUUGUGUGUAUCUCGGUGUAAUGCUCAUUUCAUGUCUUUUUAUGAUGAAAAAAUAAACAACAAUCAUAAUGUCGUG